AUGGCGGGUCUGAACCUCCUCGGGCUCUCCCGCGCCUCCGGCAGACGACCCUCCGUGAGUCGCGCUCGCUUCGAUCCCCACUGGCCCUCACUUUCUCCCGCCCUCCCUUCCGCCCUUCCUCCCGCCCUCCCUUCCGCCGUUCCUCCCGCCCUCCCGCCUGCUCUCCUCCAUCCGUGCCGCUCUCCCUCCCCUCCCCUCCGCUCCGAUCCGCGCGACCCUCCUCCGCGGUACGCGCUCGUGGCCUCGCUGUCAUGGCGACAUCAGCAACUGGCCAGCGCUCUAGCCAACUCCAAUGCUGCUGCUGCUGCUGCUGCUGCUGGGGGGAGUGGGGCGAGUGGUGGGAGGAAUGGGGCAGCAGCAGCAGCGGCAGCAGCAGGUGACGGUGCUGCAAAGGAGGCGGAGAAAGAGAUGAACCCUGCAAAUCCCAUGCAUCUCCAUGUGCCAUUCAUAGCUGUGUGCUCUUUUUCUCUUUUCCUGCCCUCUUCUCUUGCAGCUGCCCCUCCCGCGUCCCCUCCUCCUCCUCCCAAGACCGUGCGCAAGCGGCGCAGGGCGAAGCCAACGGACUUGAUAAACCAGAGGCGGUGGCAGCAGUUCUACCGCAACAUCGUGCUCAUUGUGAACUACAAGCGCCCCCAGCAGAUGCCCGUCACGCUCGACCUCCUGCACUCGCUCUACGGCUCCCUCUUCCAGCGCAUCCUCGCUGUCUCUGAGUUUGGCGACGCCGACUUGGGGGUUCUCGAGUCGCCUGUCAAGGAGACAGGGCACGCCCACGACUUGCCGCCCGGGUCACUGCACUACAGUGUGCUGCCGAAGCUGCUGACGUGGCACCCCAUGGCGGAGGGCUUUUUGUGGAUGGAUGAUGACACGGUGCUCAACUACUGGACCAUGAGCCGCGAUAACAAGUCGUGCAUCUGGUUCCUGGGGCCCAUGCACCAGUCGUGGCGCAUCGCCAGCCUCGACCCCAGCGGAAGCGUGGCAGGGGGAUGGGGAGGGGAGGGGAAGGAGGCGGGAGCGGUGAGGUACAUGGAGGAUGCGAGUGAGCGCGUGGAGGAGAGUGGGGAGGCGCUGCAGCUUCUAAAGCAGGCCGUUUCCCAGGCGCUCUCCCACCUCCCCCAACAGUACCUGCAGCAGUACCAGCAGUCCAUCUCCCCCAAGACAAAUAUCUUUCUGCGGGCAGCGUCGGACGUCUUUUAUAUCCCGCAGCGCCAUGCGCCUGCGAUGCGCUCGCUCGUCCCCAUCUUUGCCGACCAUCGCAUUGUGGCUGAUGUAAGCUGCACCCUUCCUUCUCACUCCGUUUUGCUCUGUUCCAACAUCUACCCAUGUUUUUUUGGCACCUUCUUGGCCCCUUAG